GCGCAGCCGGGCCUGCGCCGGGCUCGGGAUCGGGCGGCGGCGCGGCCGCGGGCGAGUCGUGGUACCUGGCGCUGCUGGGCCUGGCCGAGCAUUUCCGCACGUCCAGCCCGCCCAAGGUGCGGCUGUGUGUGCACUGCCUGCAGGCCGUGCUGCCCCGCAAGCCCCCGGCCCGCAUGGAGGCCCGCACGCACCUCCAGCUCGGCUCCGUCCUCUACCACCACACCCGCAACGGCGACCAGGCCCGCGGGCACCUGGAGAAGGCGUGGCUGAUAUCCCAGCAGAUCCCCCAGUUUGAGGAUGUGAAGUUUGAGGCAGCCAGUUUGCUGUCGGAGCUCUACUGCCAGGAGAAUUCCGUGGACACGGCCAAGCCCCUGCUGCGCAAAGCCAUCCAGAUCUCCCAGCAAACUCCCUACUGGCACUGCAGGCUGCUCUUCCAGCUGGCUCAACUCCACACCCUGGAGAAGGAUUUGGUGUCGGCCUGUGACCUGCUGGGCGUGGGGGCCGAGUACGCCCGUGUGGUGGGCUCCGAGUACACCAGAGCCCUCUUCCUGCUCAGCAAGGGGAUGCUGCUGCUGAUGGAGAGGAAGCUGCAGGAGGUUCACCCGCUGCUGACGCUGUGCGGGCAGAUCGUGGAGAACUGGCAGGGCAAUCCCAUCCAGAAGGAAUCCCUCCGAGUCUUCUUCCUGGUCCUGCAGGUCACACAUUACCUGGAUGCCGGCCAGGUGAAGAGCGUGAAGCCGUGCCUGAAGCAGCUGCAGCAGUGCAUCCAGACCAUCUCCACCCUGCACGACGACGAGAUCCUGCCCAGCAACCCCGCCGACCUCUUCCACUGGCUGCCCAAGGAGCACAUGUGUGUGCUGGUCUACCUGGUGACAGUGAUGCAUUCCAUGCAGGCAGGGUACCUGGAGAAGGCUCAGAAAUACACGGACAAAGCCCUCAUGCAGCUGGAGAAGCUCAAAAUGCUGGACUGCAGCCCCAUCCUGUCCUCAUUCCAAGUGAUUUUGUUGGAACACAUCAUCAUGUGCAGGCUGGUGACGGGACACAAAGCCACAGCCCUGCAGGAGAUUUCCCAGGUCUGCCAGCUGUGCCAGCAGUCUCCCAGGCUCUUUUCCAACCACGCUGCCCAGCUGCACACGCUCCUGGGUCUUUACUGCAUCUCUGUCAACUGCAUGGACAAUGCAGAAGCACAAUUCACUACAGCACUGAGGCUCACAACCCACCAGGAGCUGUGGGCAUUUAUUGUCACCAACCUGGCCAGCGUCUACAUCCGGGAAGGGAAUCGGCACCAGGAGCUCUACAGUUUAUUGGAAAGGAUAAAUCCCGACCACAACUUCCCAGUGAGUUCCCACUGCCUCCGGGCCGCCGCGUUUUACAUCCGAGGGCUCUUCUCCUUUUUCCAGGGAAGAUACAACGAGGCCAAGCGUUUUUUGCGGGAGACGCUGAAGAUGUCGAAUGCGGAGGACCUGAACCGCCUGACGGCGUGCUCGCUCGUGCUGCUGGGCCACAUCUUCUACGUGCUGGGCAACCACCGGGUACCGAACACAAAUCCUGGGAAAUCCCCCACAAUCCUGGGAAAAUCCCCCACAAUCCUGGGAAAAUCCCCCACAAUCCUGGGAAAUCCUCCCCAAAUCCUGGGAAAUCCUCCCCAAAUCCUGGAGAAAAU